CUGAGUGUCGUGCCGUGGAUCGGCGAUCCCGCAGUGUCUCGGCCGAUCUCACAUCGAUCGCAUCACGUUCGCCAGAUCGUCCACACUCGCGCUAGAUCGUCCAUCACACGCUCAUCCACUUCCUCCUCGAGGUACACACAUUCCUCGGUUCCGCUUGAUUUUGCAUCAAUUUCAUUCCUCUCCUUUCUUUUUCCCUUUUCUUACUUUCAUCUCCGUUCUAUUUUCCUCUUGAUCUCUCUCAAUCGAUUCUCUCGUUGACCUCUCCUUUCUUCGCCUUCUCUCUUUUUUUCCUAUCUGCAUCUCUACGUCCCUCCUUCUUCCUAGAUCGCAUGCCUCUUCCUCGCCGAGAUACAUCAUCAUCGCUGAUUGUUCACACGAUCACUGUCGCGACCACCAGCGAUCGAGGAGGCAGCAGUAGUCGCCGCGAAUAUUCCAACUUGUCUCGUGCAGGAAUCGCGCGAUCUUGGUUGAUAUCACCGUGAGAGAUCAUUCGGCCGUGAACGUGAAGGAUCCAUGGGAUAUGUCCUGACUUACGAGGAACGUUUCCUCGGGCGACGAGCAAAAACAACGACGAACGAUCGACGCGAGUAAAAAAGAGAGAAGUAAAAGCGCGCUAUUUUUUUAAUACCCGGAUCGUACCAGCAUCUCCGGUACAUAAUAACGGCCGACGAUCCGACCGGCACACUUAGCGCACCGCGAGAGAAGGACCGACUUUCUCCAGUUGGUAGGCAAGCCAGCGCUUCGAGGUCGCCGCGAGAAAACGCCGCGUGCCGCGAGGACGAGGUGGACCGUACGCGCGAGCCGUUGAAUGAGGUCUCGAAAGAAUCCACUUUGACAAGUCGAUUGUUACUCGUGCAUGACGCAGCGUGCGUCUCAAAGGCGUAUCCAGACGCUGUGGAACACUGGAGAGAGAGGAGGCAGAAAGAAAACACGCGUUUGCGCUUCGCGCCUCUUGUGCUGUGCUCUCGGGGUGAACGCUCGGUGAACGCUACUCAGAAUGAGGGUGCAUCGUGGGAUCUGCGCUAAACUGCAGGGCGGUUUCCUUAGACGAUGGUGGGCGGCCGUUUCGUGCGGAAUCUUGCUAAUAAUCCUGGCUGCCGUCCUAGCGGUUCUAUUUCCGAAUCUUAUCAACUUAAUCCUGGACAAGGAGCUUACGAUACGAGAGGGCGGACGCGCGUUCAAAUUCUGGAAGCAGCCGCCGGUCGUGCCACGUAUGCAAAUUUACAUCUACAAUGUGACGAACGCUGACGAAUUUUUGAACAAUGGCGAGAAACCAGCGCUGCAGGAGCUGGGUCCGUAUGUUUACGAACAACGUUGGGAGAAGGUGGAUAUCAAAUUCAACGAUAAUGGAACCGUCACCUACAAAGUCAAAAAGACGUUCAUCUUUAAUUCAGAUCUGUCAUCCGGUUCCGAUGAUGAUUUGGUGGUCGUUCCGAACGUUCCUAUGCUAUCAGCUACCAGUCAAUCGAAACACGCCGCUCGUUUCCUACGACUGGCGAUGGCAUCCAUCAUGGACAUUCUGAAAAUCAAGCCAUUCGUCGAAGUGUCGGUCGACCAGCUACUUUGGGGUUACGAUGAUCCUCUGCUCAAGCUGGCCAAGGACGUUGUGCCCAAGGAACAAAAACUGCCGUAUGAUCAGUUCGGUCUGCUUUAUGGCAAGAAUGCGACUGGGACGGAUUUGUACACGAUGUUUACAGGCAGUACUGAUAUCACCAAAUUCGGAUUAAUGGACAGGUGGAACGGCAAGGACGCUCUCGGCCAUUGGACCACGAAGGAAUGCGACUCCAUCAUGGGCACCGAUGGCAGCAUAUUCCCGCCUCAUAUCACGAAGCAGACCGUGCUCAAGGUCUUCGAGAAAGAUCUCUGCCGGACGUUGCCGCUGGUUUAUCAGCGCGAAGUAAUAGCCGCCGGAGGAGUCCCUGGCUACAGAUUCGCCCCGCCGACGAAUGUCUUCACCUCGGUAGAAAAUAUGGCGUCGCAACAGUGUUACUGUCCAGCUGGACCACCAUGUGCACCGGAGGGCACGUUCAACGUCUCCCUGUGCCAGUACGAUUCGCCAGUUCUCAUCACUUUUCCGCAUUUCUACCUUGCCGAUCCAGCCUUACGGGAAGCUGUGACAGGCAUAUCUCCGCCGGAUCCCGAGAAACAUCAGCUCUACAUUGACGUACAGCCUAUAAUGGGCAUGGCUAUGAAGGCGCGAGCGAGGGUACAAAUUAAUCUCGCAGUUAGCCAGGUGCGAGAUAUUAAGCAGGUCGCUUCAUUCCCCGAUAUUAUUUUCCCCAUUAUGUGGUUUGAGGAUUGCGUUGAUGAACUACCUCCGGAGAUGCGUUCCCUGCUGAAAUUGGCGGUAGAAUUGCCACCAGUGGCCCAUGCUGCGGUGUCCGGCGCCUUGGCCGUGAUCGGCGCGAUCGUCCUGCUCGGUGCGCUUAUGUGCCUGGCGCGCGCCGCCAAGCGCCAGGAAAAGCUACACCUGAGCAACCCAUUGCCGGCGAACGCGACGAACACCAAGACCGGUCAGCUGAAUCCUGCUUUCAGCAAGUAGAGUUCAACUAGUUCAAGUGAGGGAAUCGAAACGAGUGCGCGAGUUCUCGGAGUUCCACCCCGCGAGACGAGUCGCGCGCCGAGUAGCGUGCGAGUAUCUCGCGAGGACUUGUACGAUAAUCUUACUUAUCUUAUAGGCGACGGGCAUGUGCUUUAUAUCUCGAUUAAGAUUUUCACAUUCAAUUUCGCAAGAGAGAAAGAAAAAGCGGAACAAUCCUAGACAACAAAAAGUCCAAAAUCGAGAGUUAGAUUUCGUUUUCACGUUCACACGCUGUGAGCAUCAAUUUAUCCUUGUUGUCUAUCAAAUAUUAAA